GCGUCUGCUGAGGCCCAAUCAACGGACCAGUGCUGCCUGCCUGCCGGUGCCGGGGUCUGGUGGAGAGGAGGCUCUGCAGCGCGUCAGGACCGGAUCGUGAACCCGGAGACGGUACACAUUGAGGCGAAAGGACACACAGGAUGGAGCGGAUGUCUGAGGAGGCGCUGCGGCUCAACCUGCUAAAGCGAGGCCUGGAGUCACCUAGUGAACGAGAGGAAGCAUUGGCCAAGCGCCUAAAAAUGGAGGGUCAUGAGGCCAUGGAGCGCCUCAAAAUGCUGGCACUACUUAAACGCAAAGACCUAGCUGACCUAGCAGCCAUAGAGGUUGCAGGUACACUGGGAGACGGGAAGGGCCCCAGCGCUAGUACUCUACACCACCAGAGUCUAAUGGGUGCUGCUUAUGAGGAGAAGCUGAAUGGGACUCUGAGGCUGGGAGUCCACAGCAGUCAUGUUGGACCAAGUAAAAAUGGGAAGGAGAACAUCCUGGACGAGCCAGUGGACAUGAGCUCUGGGAGAAGAUGUGAUGUGGACCAUGACAGACAAACUCCAUCUCCAGAUGUAAUCAUCCUGUCAGACAACGAGGUGUCAAGUCCUAGAACAACACCUCGGCUUGAAGAGCGUAUGCACCAGGCCAACCUCAGUAUGUUCAAGGGAAAGACAGAAGAGGAAAGGCAACAGAUGAUCAAAGCUCUGAGGGAAGAGCUGCGACUGGAAGAAGCCCGCCUUGUGCUGCUCAAGAAGCUCAGACAAAGCCAGAUGCAAAAGGAAAAUGUGGUGCAAAAGGUCCCAGUGGUCCAGAAUACUGCAUCCUCUGUGCAGCCUCCUCCCAUCCACAGCUCUCCUGGCCUGGGGAAGCUGCCUGUGAGGCCAGGCCUACACAACCUUGAACCCCAGAACCUCCGCACUGCACAGGGUCAUACUGUCAUCCGGUCAGCUGCAAGUGCUAGCCUGCCACCCAUGCUGAUGUCUCAGCGGGUGAUAGCUCCCAACCCCGCCCAACUUCAGGGCCAGAGGCUCUCGUCCAAACCUGGGAUGUCUCGCUCCAGCUCCAGCAGCUUGGCCAAUGCUGUCAGCUACCAGCAGGCCAGUCAGCAGGUGGCAGCUUCCCAGCGCUCAGGCUCCAGUGCCAUAUACAUGAACCUAGCCCACAUGCAAGCAACAGCAGGGACAGGCGGGGUGGCGGGCAGUCUUGGUGGAACUUCGGCCGUCAGCCCGUCCACCAUGUCUGGCUCAGCCAGUGGAGGGGUGAGCUGCAUUGCUGACCAGUCUAGCAGCCAGGCAGCAGCCAAACUGGCUUUAAGGAAGCAGUUGGAAAAAACCUUGCUGGAGAUCCCGCCGCCUAAACCUCCAGCCCCUCUUCUUCAUUUCCUACCCUCUGCUGCCAACAGUGAGUUCAUCUACAUGGUGGGCCUAGAGGAGGUGGUGCAGAGUGUGCUGGACAGUCAAGGUAAACUCAGAGGUACGCUGGCUCGUAUGGAGCCUUUCUUCUGUGCUCAGUGCCGUACUGACUUUACUCCCCACUGGAAGCAAGAGAAGAAUGGGCGAAUCCUCUGUGAGCAGUGCAUGACAUCCAAUCAGAAGAAGGCUCUAAAGGCAGAGCAUACCAAUAGGCUGAAGAAUGCCUUUGUCAAGGCCCUGCAGCAAGAGCAGGAGAUUGAACAGCGGCUUCAGCAGCAUGCAGCCCUUUCACCCAGCUCAGCUCCUACUGGCACCAAUGCCUCCAAGACUGAAAACUUGAUCCGACAUCAUGCCCUCCGUCAGGCUCCCCAGCCUCAGGCUUCCCUGCAGCGAGGUCUAUCCAACUCUGCUCGAGGUGUCCUGUCCAACUUUGCCCAGGCCUCCCAGCUGUCAGUGGCCAGCAGCCUCAUGGGUAUGACAAGUGCCAAGCACUGUGGCAGCGGUGGUGGAAGUAGCAGCAGUAGCAGCAAUAGGCUGCAGCAUGACAGCCGUCGUCAAAUCUACAACAUCCCAGGGUUAAAUAUUGCCUAUCUGAACCCAGCAGCAGUUGGAGCCCAUAAGAGCUCCAGCUUAGCAGACCGGCAGAGAGAGUACCUGUUGGACAUGAUCCCACCUCGAUCCAUAUCGCAGUCCAUCACCGGACAGAAAUAAAUCCCAUCCAUCUCUCCUGCCCAUCUGAAGACACCCCCAUCUAUCUACCUACUCAGUUCUGAAGCACUCCCAGAACAGAUAUCCCCACCCCCUGCCCCAUCGCAUGCAGUGCCUGUCCGUGUGCCUACCUAAACCAACCCUUGAAAACCCACCAAGUUGGACAAAGACACUAAACUGUCAGUGCAUCUCAAAUGUUCCUAUUAGAGUAAAAACCUUCUUCGUCAGAGUUGUUUGGCAAUUAUAAUUCCCUUUAUUAUUGCUUGUAGUAGCUCUAUUAUACCUGUAACUACCAUUUUUGUUUCAGUUACUUUUACUCUUCAUGCUUUUUUGUGUUUAUUCACUUUUUGUUUCUCUGCUGUCCAUCCUUUCUUUUGAGUACAUACAGUCAAUCAUUGUUGGGGCACUAAGCCACAAUUUAGGAUUUGUUUCUCUACUUAUAUGUGGUUAUUCCUAGUAACAGAAGAUCAACAGGGCUCAUUCUUGUUCCUAGGCAACAUAAAGUUUAACAACUUUUUAGCAAUGUAAAAAUCCUGAUAAACAAUAGGUAAUGCUGUUCACACUGGUACAUGCCAACAUAGUUGUCUGGAAAUAACUCCCCAAAGUUGCAGAUGUGUGGAACGGAGAUUCCUGACCAAUCAAGGCUUGGAAAGCAUUUUGCGUUUCUUCCACCAUUCAUCAUCAAAUGGAUUUCAUCAGUUUCUUCAUUUAAGCCUCUUUGAACAGUCCAGAUGACUAUAAGCAGCUGACCUGGACUGACAAGUGCUGCCCUUUUGCCCAGACCAUCAAUACGGAUUCCAGCAGUGAGGAAUCCCUUCCAACGUCAUCUGCAGACAUAUCAAGUAUUCAGGGGAAUGGUCAACUCCACUUGGCGAGUAGCCAGUCGAAUUUCCCCACUGGACCCAUCCUAUCUUAGUACCUGCCAAUGAUUCCCCCGCCCCCCUUUCGUAUUCCAAUACUUAUAAACUGAACCUCGAGCAGGAAUUCUUCUUGGCAUCACGAUUUCUUUGAGAGUGAAUAAAACUCAAAUCUGAAGGUGGAAGCACAUUUUAUGCAUCUAAACCACAGAUAUUCUUUCCUAGAAACCUAGAGAUCUGGGUUCCUAUUCUUUUUAUAUUUGUGUUUGUAGGUAGUUUUCUGAUUGUUGUGGCCCUUACUUCCUUUUUUUGAUCCCUUGUGCUCCGUUUGUGUGUGUGUUUGUUUUUUUUGUUUUUUUUAUUAGUUUUUUUUUUUUUUUGUUUUUUGCGGCGUCUCCUUUUAAUAUGGUGGCAUACCUGAGAGGUUUUAGCUCCUGGAGACGAUAAAAAUCAGCAUAAAUAUGAAAUACCUGUAUGGAUUCUGUAUAGAUACCUAGCUUCAGAGAAAAAGGAUGUGGAUUUUAUCUUUUAUGAGACAUGGAUCAAUCAUUGUGUGCAUGCCUGGCACGCAAGUUUCCUCUCUCUAGAGGAGCACUUUGCAUAUUUCCAAUUAGGAAAAAAAAAAAAAGGCCUUUUUUUUUUCGUGGUGGUCAGCUAGAGAGUCAAGAUGUCCCGAGUAUUGUAGAUAGCAUCAAUGAUGUGAUUCUUUUAAGUGGGUGAUAAAUGCUUUAUUCCCAAUUUCAUGUUGGCAGUGUUGCUCUCUGUAAAUGUUGGACCUCAAGUGUCAAUUUCCACAUCCCCGGUAGCCAGGAUGAUGAGCUUAAACCCAGUAUACAUAAGAGAUGGUUCUGUUGUUCAUAUACCAGCACCAGUACAGUGUCCUAUUUACUCACUGUCUGGAAAAUCCAUCAAUGACUUUCAUUGAUACCAAACUACAAUUUUAUAAGUUGUUUUCCUUUUCAUGAAAAAUAUAUUGGGUCCCGUUUGAAAACCUGUAUUUUUCUUGGAGAAUAAUGAGGCAUUGACCAUUUUGUCACAUUAAGAUAAGAUAGGAUAAUCCUUUAAUUUAUCCCACAGUGGGGAAAGUAUUGCAAGAAUAUUUCAUUAUGCAUCACACGGCCAAGCCAUGAAUGCUUUUUUCCCCUGUGGUUUUAUGCUGCAGGUUUUAAAUCUGAAAGAUGUGAGUUAGCAUUAGCAUUUGCAAACAUAUUUUUGUUAUCUUCCUGAUGCAAACCUGCAAGAUCCCUUAUUUCUAGAUUGUACUACUUCCAUUUAUCUUUGUAGAUAUUCUUCAAACUAUGUGGCAGAAUCACGGGCCAACACUAAGUAAUGCUGAGGUUGCAAAGGGAGCUGUUUCCACUUGGAGUUAUUAGUGCAGACAUUCAGUGAGAGUGACACUAUCUACCCACAACCAGCAAAAUCAGCACAUCUUCCCUACAAAUCAGGUUAGAUUAUGGUUUAAGUUUGUCCACCGGGGCUCAGAUGAGAGUCCUGACAAGUUGGACUAUGACAGAAAUCCAAAUUUCAUUUUGCUCCCAUAUACAUACUGUUCAUCAGUUUGCAGUAACUCCUAAGCAGUGUUCAGCCAAUGUGCAGUAUUUGUAAUGGAUCGUUACAGAAGGACAUAGAGGUGACACAGUCAGUCUGAUUUAGCAUGGAGAGCCAGAAGUUUACAUUGAGGACUUUAAGCUUAUCAACGCAUCUCAGUCUAAUUAGUCAAGAACUAAUGAGUAAAGGCAUCACUUUACAUUUCACAUUGUCAACCAUUUCUACCUAAUCUACAAGCUCUUGAAAAUUAAAUACAUGCAGUUUUUAUGACUUACAAAAGGAUCCAGAAGUCCAAUCUGUGUGAAAAGGCAGGUUAACAAACUUUUGUUGGAGAACAUUCAGACAAAAAAUGUCAAAAAUGGUACGGAACAGGUUCAUCAUUGACAUGACAUCAACACUGGCAGAGGGCUACAUGUCUAACACAUAUUGUGCCAGUUGAGUUGAGCCCGUUCAGCUGGCAAACAACUGAUCUUUGUGAAACAAAAUCCUGAUUUUUGUUUCUAUGCAGUUAGCAUAUGAUGAUUGGAAUGCUCACAAAUUACAGUUGUGUCCAAGGUAUGUCAGAAUAGAUUAUAGAUACUUUUUAACCUAAUAUUAUGUGUUUUCAUUUGUCAAGACCCAAGUUGCAAAGUUUUAUUGGAAGUUGACAUGUUACCACCUUGACAUUGGCAUUUAGCUCAAAGCACUCCUAUGUCACACAAUAUGUCAGAUGAUGCAAAAUUAUCCUGUUUUAAGAAAACGGUUAAAAUGGUGUAGCUUCUUGCUAUAAAAAAAAGAAAGAAAAUGAUAAUAUCGAAGAGUGUUUUUGUCUGGUUUUAACAUAACUAUGUUGAAGUAGUGGUCACUUUUACUACUUUGUUGCCCCCAACAAAGGUCAAUUACGGAUUCCUCUCUGUUUCACUUAUUUUCAUUGCUCAGUGGUAACUCAUUCAGGGUUUAACAUCUGUAACACUGUUCCUGUGUUUCACAAGUCUCUCACACUCUCAUGCAAAAUAAGCCCCAAGUACCUGCAAAAUAUUUUGUAAUUUUUAUUUCUCCAAUCUUGUGUUACAAACAGAGGACAGGGUCAAGGGGAUGGGUGACAAUAUUGUGCACUUUGAUGUCAUCCAUAACUGUAUGACGUGAUCUAUCUAAUCUCAACGUAGGUCACAAAAUAUAGCAAGUCGCCGUCGCCUGGUAACAGUAGCAGCAACUCAUUUUAUUGUACCAUAAGUAGUUGAAGUUGCAUAUUUCAAAUUUUUAUCGUUUCACAAUGACAGAUUUUUAUUUUAUUUUAUUUUUUAUUUUGCUUUUAGGAUAUACUACAUGAACAAGUGAGAUUUUGCAAAAUGGACAAAGAAGUUUGUGCCAAUUAUCAUAUUCAUUUUAAAUGAAAUUUGUGUCAGCAAAAUCAAAAUGCUCAAUAUGUUUAUGGGGAGGUUUGCCGUCAUGAUCAUUUCUUGCUCAGUGAAUUUCAACCAUUUUUAAGGAAAAUCUUGAUAAGGGAAUGUGUGCAUUGCUAGAACGGGCAAUCUUAAAUUUCUGUUAUCUAGUGAUAUUCAUUUAGAACGCCCCCAAGACAUUUCUAAGGUAAUGUACAUUUGUCAAACUGCUAAAUUAAAAUAUGACCCUAAUACAUAGAUCCUAAUUCGUACCACAGUGCUCAUUUCACAUAUCCCUGAUUCUGCAGUCUUUAACUAUCAACAGUCUUUUCUAGUAGGUUCUGUUAUUUAUAUGUAAUCUAUGUUACUGUUGUACUUCCUCACUGCAUCAUCACAAUUCCAUUGUGGGUGGUUGUUUGUAAAAAUUAAUGUAUUCUGAUUGUCCUUGAAUAAUCCAGACCUGUCACUAUAGCAGAAUGAGCCAUUGAUUAUAAAAAGAUAAGAAUUUUCCCAUCAGUCAAAAUAUUAUUUUGGUAUUUAUUUCCACUGAAAUUUCCAUUUUUACUGCCAUUCACAAUCUACAGUGUCAUGAAUCUCUACUUUUGCUGCCAAGUCAAAGCUUAAAUACAUUUAGAAAAAGAAAAAAAAAAUCUCUUUUCUCUCUUAAAUACCUGCAGAUACAUCCACACACCUUUGUAUUUGGACUAUGGAUUGUUGUCAAACAUAGCUUUUUAGAUUUCAAAGGACAUUCUGUUGUCUCAGCUGAUUUUUUGUUUCCUUUUUAUUGCAGUUUUAAAAAAGUGUAUUGUCUAUAAAAAUAAAUGACAAUAUUUGCUAGGUUUGAAGUAAUAAUGACUUAUUGUACAUAAGCAUUUUCCUUCCUUGUACUGAAAAAAAAAUUAAAUGGUUGUACAUUGUGUAGAAAAGCAAACAAAAAGCCAUGAAUAUUGUGAAGCUUGUCAUUUUGUUUUGUGAUCACUGUGUAUUGUGUAACAAAUGUGCAAAAUGUUCGGGAUACUUUUUCCCUCUUCCUUUGCUUCUUGAAGUGGUCUGGAUGGAUGCAUUCAAUUUGUGUUUAACUUGUUCAAGUUUUCAGUAAAGUGAUCACUGGUUCAGCCUGACAUAGCCUGCAGUCUAAAACACAUUACAUCUCUUAACACAUUUACUGUUUACUGUUCAAGCAUUGAAACUUGAAAUAAUUGUUUCUAACAAAAGUUUUCUAAAUGCUAGAUAAAUACAUUUUGAUUCCCUAAUCAAUGGAUUGAUUCAACAUUAGUCCGACAUCUGUGUCUGCAGAAGUACUGGUUUGCUUUUUUUGAAAAUAUCUUUUCUUUUUAAUGGCCACAGCUGCUGCUCGCCCUGAAUCAGUGAUCACUUCUUCUGCUAACACCUGCAUACAACAUGUUUCGCCCUGUACUCUUAGACUUAAUAUUCUAUUUGGUGUUGCUAAUGCAGGAGAAAAUUCAAUUGCAAAUUCAGUUUUAUCAAUUUUCAAUUUUCAUGUAAAGCAUUUCCUUUUGAAUAGUAUUGAAAUAAACAUCUGAAGAAGCAGAAACGGAUGAUGAAAUCCAGAGACUAUUUUAAGUAACUUUUGUUUGCCUACAUCAAUUCUGACCUUUUGCACAUACUUGAUAUUUAAAGGUCUUCAAAAAAGAAAAUGAUGCUGUUUGAAUACUGCCAGUUGAUUGACAAUUAUGCAUUGUUUAAAAAAAAAAAAAAAAGCUAAUUUUGGAGGAAAUAACUUUGUACUAUUUAUCUCUUGCAAGCUAUGUUUAAUAAAGGUUGAAACAAUUUGCUUCAAAGUGAGA